CUCUCUCUCUCAUACCAGGUGAUUCCCCCCUCUCUCUCUGUAUCUAUAUCCGUGUGUGUAUAUAUAUGUGAUCAUAGGUUUCGGGAUCUAACAGAAAUUGGGUUUUAGUUGCAUUUCUGAUUGGUUUUGAAAUCCAGCAGAUAUUGGGUUUUAGGUACAUUUCUGAUUUUUUUUGGAAUGUAACAGAAAUUGGGUUCAAGUUGCAUUUCUGAUUGGUACUUGAUUUGGGUUUCAUCCUCUAUUAUCUUAGUUUGUCUACUUGGUUUCAGAUUGAAUUCCUGUUUUUGCGUUUGUUGUGAUUUCUUGUUUGGUUGGAAAAAAAAUCGGAUUUUCCAGGGAAUUGAAAGAUGGCUCUGGGGAGGAGAUGCGGGUCGAAUGCGAAUUGCGCGAAUCAAAAUUUAGGGCUAGGGUUUGUUCGGAACACGAGGUCAAUGAGUGGGAAGAGGGUUGCUCUAUUGAGCAAUACGGAGGCGACGAAGAAGCAUUGCAUUGAGAAAAUGAUUCAGAAUCAUGAGCAAUCUAUGAUCGAAUCACUAUCUCUGGACAUCCUGAUUAGGAUAUUAUGUGGUGUUGAUCAUGAUGAUUUGAAGAAGCUUUUUCAUGUAUCAAAGAUGUUCAGGGAAGCAACAUUGGUGGCCAAAAAACGGCAUUUUGCAUACAGUACUCCUCUAAAGACUUCAGUCUUCAGAAGUUCUAUUGAUUUGAGGGAUGUGCGGAACUCUGAGGAGGUCGAAGCCCCUAACGCCCCAAAACAGCACCGGCCUUGUAGUUCUCGAUUGAUCCGGAAGAACGUUUGCAAUAUCUCGGUGGCCUUAUUCACUUCACCUGAUGUGUAGCAAAUGGAACAUAGAGAUUUCUCUCUGAAGACGGCGGAUCGAUUUCUAGGUUCCUUAAUGACCCUUUCAAUCUGUUGCAUCUGGAGAAUCGGGUGUUAUCAUACACACUUGUACCGGUGAGUCCACAAGUUAGAGAUAAUCGGACUCGAACUACUGCAAUCCACGAGUCAUUUGAAGAGAGGGAUUUAACACAGGCAUUGUUGUUGUGCUUUUUUGAGUCACAGCUGAAUGAUUAGUUGAGGAUUGAGAUCUGAUGAUUAGAUCAUGUCAUUUGAUUUGUACAUAGCUAGAAAUCUUUUCACUACAACUGCCCACUUCUUCAACCUUUUCAUUGAAGAUGAGGUGGCUUUGGUUGUACUAUUUGGUUUUGUACACUUUG